GAUCAUCCAGAGCAUCGAAUUGUCUUCAUCGAAUUGUCCCAUCUCACACGAUGCCUAGAGGACAGCCCAAGACGGCGGCCAUGGGCCAACACGGGCAGCAUCAGCUGCAGAUGACUCCUCAGCCGGCCCAACCUCAAAUGCAACAGCAAAUGCAGCAACAACAGCAACAAUUACACCAGUUCCACAAUUUCCAACCGCAAAACCCGCCGCCCCAGGGCCAAGCGGCCAGUUCAGCUAUCCAUCAACACCAGCAGGCUGGAUACACUCAGCAACAACUCCAACCUAUCCCGAACCAAAGUGCUACUGGCACUCAGCAAGGCCAACAGCAGCAACCACAGUCCCAGCAGCAGCAGCAACUUCAUGAUCAGCAAGCUCAGCAGGGCCAGCCCGGUCCGUCCGGCGGCCAAGGGCAACCACAGCCGGCCCGGCCCAACUUCCAAAUGGCUCUCCUGCCCCCUCCCCAGGACCGCUUGUAUCCCACCUUUGAAGCGCUCCAGACGGACCUCAAAGCCUUCACGCGGUCGCAGGGCUACGCCUGCGUGAUUGUGUCCUCGCUCAACCGGGACCCGGACGGCCACUACCGGAGGUACAACCUCUGCUGUUCCAAGGGCGGCAAGACGUACACCUCUCACAGCCGGGGGAUUCGACAAUCGCGGUCGACCAAGACGGGGUGUCCGAUGAAGAUGAAGGCCGUCCAGGAGAAAGCGUGGCCGUACGACGACAAGUGGCGCGUGGUCGUCCAGUGCGCCGAGCACAACCACGAACCCUUCACGGGCGAGCAGCCCGGCGUCAACGUCCCUGCUCAGUUCCGCAAGAUCGAGCAGGACGGCGCCCGUUGGCUCAAGAUCAUGCACCGCGACGCCCAGUGCACCCUUAGGCAGCUGACGAUUGGGAUUCGCAUCUCGUUCGGGGACAAGUACCAGUAUGUCAAGAAGAGCGAUGUGCGCAACAUGUUGGCCAAGAUCAAGAGGGAGGACGAACGGAAGGCGGCGGCCGAUGCGGCUGCUCAGGGUCUCCCAACCAACUUGCCGUAUACGCUCAUUCCGCCUGAGCAUCAGCCACCGCCGCUUCAGCCGACCAAUGUGGAAAUGAUGCCGCCGUUGCCGUCGGACUUACAGGUGCCGGACCCGGACUUGGAAUCGGAUGAUGAUGAUGCAGAGCCUUAGUUGAUGCCGCCGUUGCC